CCGGCUGGCGGUGCUGCCAGUGGUAGUGCUGUGCUGCGUUUCCGCCGUGUAGGCGUGUCUCUCCUCUACCUGGUGUUGCCCUCUGCAGCGGCCAUGCCUGAGCUCAGCAAGGAGUCCAAGCAGCGCCUGCAAAAGGUGUUCAAAUGCGGACAGUUCACCGUCCGCUGGGGAUUCAUCCCCCUCAUCCUCUACUUAGGUUUCAAGAGGGGAGCUGACCCUGGAAUGCCUGAGCCCCACAUUCUGAGUUUGUUAUGGGGAUGAAGAAUUCUGCAUUGUAAGCAGUUUAAGAGGCGAGCACCAAAAAUAAUAAUCACUGAUGGGCCAGAAGAAAUAGGAAGCCGGGUGCUGCGACUUACAGACUGUGUAUGUUCUGUAGCAUGAAGCAUGGGUUUAUAUUUCUGCUAACUAAGGAAAAAGCAGAAACAAAGCCGCAGGAUCUCAGCUGGAUAUAUCAUGGGAAUACAGUUUUAACAAGAAUUGGAAAAGAACAGCAAUUGUAAAGGCCUUGUUCAUAUUGCAGGCAGUUGUUACUUUUUCAUGUUAUGUUUUGUACUGUAUACUAAUGUUCGAACUCUGUACACUUUUCUAACUUGAUCAUUUGUCAAACUGUCUGGUAGUAAUAAAAUAAAAAAUGGAAAUAU